AUGCCUCAAGACCCGAACCUCUACGGCCAACCGCCGCCCAAGAAGCGCAAGGCAAACGCGGCGCUCGGCAGCUCCCUCGACUUCACAGCCCAACUCACAUCCCUCAUGUCCGCAUCCUCCACCACAACCUCCGCGCCAGCCCGGCCUCGUCCCUCGAAAACAAAAGACGAGAUUUUCGGCAGCGCAAAGUCUAAACGACGCGAAGGCGACAAUGGCGCUGGUAGUAGCAGAAUCAAAGCCGGCAGCGGCUCAACAGACGCAUCCAACAAGCCCAACCUCAAAGAACCCGUUGGCACGGAGGAAGAGUCCUCGAACCUCGCCCGCGCACGGCGCAAUAUGGAAGAAAAGGCACGACUCUACGCUGCCAUGAAGCGCGGUGACUACGUCCCCAAAGAGAACGAGGCAGCUCCCCUCAUUGACUUUGACCGGAAAUGGGCCGAGUCGGAAGCUGGCAAGGACAAGACCGACGAAACGAGCUCCGGCUCCGACGACGAAGCCGACGAGGACAAGGACGAGGACAACGAAGUCAUAGAAUAUGAAGACGAGUUCGGCCGUCUCCGCCGCGGCACAAGAGCAGACAAGGAACGCCUCGAGCGCCAACGCCGCCGCGGUCUCCUCGGCGCCGAGGAGCUCGAGCGCAUGUCCGCCCGCCCCGCCGCUCCUGCGAAGCUUCUCUACGGCGACGCCAUCCAGACCAUGGCCUUCAAUCCCGAGGACCCGGAAAAGAUGGAGGAGCUGGCGCGCAAGCGCGACCGCAGCGCCACGCCGCCCGAGGCCAGGCACUACGACGCCGACAGCGAGAUUCGCACAAAGGGUACUGGCUUCUACAAGUUCAGCAAGGACGAGGAGACGCGGCAAAAGGAGUUUCAGAGUCUCGAAGAGGAGAGGAUCCGGACGGAGGCUGCGAGGAAAGAACGGGAGGAGAAAAAGGAGGCGAGACGGAGGGAGAUUGAGCAGCGGCGAAAGGAUGUCGAAGCGAGGAGGGCCAAAAAGCUGGCCGACAGCUUCUUGGACGGCUUAGCAGCUGAUAUGAACAGCGACAAAUCAAAAUAA